AUGACUUGGGACCUUUAUAAUAUGCCCAUUGCCCCUAGGGACCAUUUAAAGGCAAAAUUAAACCGCUUGAAUUAUGACGACGACGACGAUGGUGGAUGUUUGAACGUCGACGACGUCGUCGCGAAAAAUCCGAAGCCGCUUAUUCCGAAAUUGCUCAUCACAUCGACGCCAUCGACGGUUUUCGAUUCGGGCGGCUUCAAACAGAACUGCGAGACAAGCUUGUCCACGAUGAGCGGCCUCACGUUUCAGCUGCAGUCGGGCAUUCACAAGAAGACGAUCACCGCCGACUCGAUCGAGAUCUCGUUGCGAGACCUGCGCAAUGAGGCGUUCGAGUUUCUCAAAGAAAUUAAUCCUGACAAGGGCUGUGAGGCGCUUCGCGACCACAUCAUACUGUAUCGACACGAUCUUCGAUCGAUCAACAUUCUGCAGUUGAUCACGACGAGCGCUGACAUUGCCGAUGGCGCACUCGUCGAGGUGGUGCUCAGCUGUGAGUUUUUGAUUUUGCUCUUUUUUUUCCAUUUCACUUGCUCGUUUUUGAUGGUCCGCAAAAUUUAG